AAAAAAACAGGAAAAAACGGACUUUCACUUACAUCCAUUAGUUCCUAGGUUUUGUUCCCAUCUGUUUAGAGCCAUGAUUUCUCAAUGUCCUUUCCUAUGGUUCCUCAAAUAUGCAGUUUAUGGACAUUGGGGGAUAUCAUAGCCUACUCAUACUAAAGCUGAGGCAUAAAUCCAUAUGUGUUUUAUAAUAUAUCACGUUGGUUUAUUUUCUAACUUUCAUUGUAUAAUUUCCCCUUAUCUCUAGUCUACAAAUUACACAAAAAUAUAUGUUGGCUUAAUGUGGGAUGAAUUGGUGACCAAUACGGCAAUGUUUGCGAUGUGAGCUUGUUGGCAAAGGGCCAUGAGACAGGUUAUGAAAUUUACUGCCAGUUAUUAGGUUGAUGUCAACGCAAUUGACACAUCAUGUGCUCAUCUCAUGUCACCUUAUGUUCCAAAGAUCAAUGUUUCAAAAAUAUUGUAACACUGUUUUACAUGCCAAAUGUCACUAUUGGCUAUACCCCUUAAUAGUGCACUAUAGGUAAUAGGAUGCGUUUUUGGACGCAAUACUAUGUAUAUCAUGAGUAGGCAGGCCUACUCUAGAGAACUGUAAAACGCCCCUCCCUAUUCUAUGUGGGAGAUAGCCUAUUUUAGUCCGGGGUUCGCUUCUCCCCUCGCAUACCAACCUUUCUUAUUAUACCUCCGUGAUACAACAGAGGUAGAGGCAGCGGGGUGGUUAGAAAACUGCAUGUCCCAGAGAUCGCGGCGGCAACCGAACAUGAAUCUAGGCAAGGGCAACAUGGCAGCCCCGUCAAGCCAGUCAUGUACAGCUCUGGAGCGGUCAAUCCGGGAGCGGGUCCCGACGCUUCUCACGGACCUCUACCAGUUCACCAUGGCAUAUGCCUACUGGCGUUCGGGCAGGCACAACGAGCCCGCCGUUUUCGAACUGUUCUUCCGCGACAACCCGUUCGGCGGCGGCUUCUCGCUCUUCUCCGGAAUGCACGACUGCCUCCUGUUUCUGCGGAGCUUUCGAUUCACUGACGAAGAUGUGGAGUACCUGCGUUCCGUGCUGCCCCCAGCCACUGACCCCGCCUUCUUCCUGUUUCUACGGGAACUGGACUGUUCCGGUGUCACACUCCACUCUGUCCCCGAGGGAACGGUGGUCUUUGCCAGGGUGCCUCUGAUGGAGGUGUCUGGUCCUCUGGCUGUGGUUCAACUACUGGAGACCAGCCUGUUGUGUCUGGUCAACUACGCCAGUCUGGUAUGCAGUAACGCGGCCCGGUUCCGUCUGGCUGCUGGUUCCAGGAGGAAGCUGUUAGAGAUGGGCCUGAGGAGAGCACAGGGGCCUGACGGGGGCCUCACAGCCUCAAGAUACACAUACGUCGGAGGGUUUGAUAUGACCAGUAACGUCCAGGCUGGCUUCCUGUUUGGAAUCCCCGUGGCGGGAACCAUGGCACACUCUUAUGUCACUUCCUUUUCCUCCCUGGAGGAGGUGUGGCCUCAGACACUAGUGGCAGCAAACGGGGAUCAUGACAACAUCGAUCUGAUCUCGCUGACCAAGGGUUGGCUGGGGCGUGUGUGUGAGCUGCUGGGGGCGGAAUCUGGGCAGAUCCAUGAGGGUGAGCUGGCAGCCUUCUUGUCCUAUGCCAUCGCAUACCCACACAACUUCCUGCCAGUCAUCGACAGCUACAGUGUCACCUGUAGUGGCCUGCUCAACUUCUGUGCCGUGGCCCUGUCUCUGUUUGAGCUGGACUACAGUCCACUGGGCGUGCGUCUAGACAGUGGAGACCUCUGCAGGCAGUCAGUAGAAGUACGCCAUGUCUUCAGACUCUGCAGUGAACAAUUCUCCAUCCCUGCCUUCCAGUCCCUUCUCAUAGUAGGCACCAAUAACAUCUCAGAGUACAGCAUGGCCGAACUCAACAAGAAGGAGAAUGAGAUUGAUGUGGUUGGUGUUGGAACACAUCUGGUCACCUGCACGAGACAGCCUUCACUCGGGUGUGUGUACAAGUUGGUGGAGGUUCGGGGCAGCCCCAGGAUGAAGUUCAGUGAGGACCCAGAGAAGAGUACUGUUCCUGGGAGGAAGGCUGUCUAUAGGAUGCUGGACACGGAGGGCCACCCAUUCUUGGAUCUGUUGUGUUUGUGUGAGGAGCCUGCACCUAAGGCAUGUGUGGCAGUGAGGUGUCAUCCUGUGGUUGGUAACAAGACCUGUCAGUCAAUCACACCUUCUCAGGUCAGCUGUCUACGCCUGGAGGUCUACACUAAAGGACAGAUCACACAGCCACUGUGCAGCACAGCUGAGACCAGGGAGAAGGUUCAGAGCUCCAUCCAGACCCUGCACCCCCGACACAAGAGAUUGCAGGAGCCAGAUUCUUACAUAGUGGCCGUGUCUGAGAAGCUCCAUCAUUUAAUUGCUGAGAUCAGAAAAGGCAGCAGCAACAACAGCAAUUUUCUAUUGGCCAACUGAGACACACAGGCUUCAGUCCCAAAUAGCACCCUAUUCCUUAUUUAGUGCACUUCUUUUGACCAGGGCUCUGGUCAAAUGUAAUGCACUAUGUAUGUCAAAAGUAACACUUAAUAGUGGUAUUAGGUUAUGGUUUAGGACCUAGGGUAGAUUGUGUUACUCUCAGAUAAUAUAAAUGGUAUACUGACACAGACUGACACACGGACUGAUAGACUGAGACACAUGGACUGAUGGACUGACACAAAGACUGACACACGGACUAUGUCAAACCUCAACCAAAAGCAGUUCAUUUUGAAAUAAUGCUGGCAUUUUGGAAUACAGUUGACUGACAGCUAUGAGUUGUGGUGUAGUUUUCUAGUUUUAGUUUGGUACAAGAGCUUGACAUGCCUUCCUGAAAACCCAGUGAUCUGUACAAACAAGCAAUGUCUGUUAAUAUAUCAGUGUUGGAAUGGGCCUUAACCUGGUUCUAGAAUGAGAUAAAUUAACAUUGAGAAUGGUUGCAUAAAUGUCUCUACUAUGAGCAAUAUUAAUUGAUAAGCAAUUUUAAGUUUAGAAAGAUUGAACGUCUCUUUGUAUGUCCCAGCCUUGUCUUGCUAAUUUAGUUUUUGUGCUUUUCUUUAGAUUACGUUUCCUGAACCAGGCUAUUAUUUACUGUUUGUUUUAAUUAACAUGGACAUUUUGUAUGAACCAAGCCUUCAAUAUCAUGGUCAAUCUGUACCUGCCUUAGGGCGGUCUAUAUAUAUAUAUAUAUAUAUCAACACUAUGGGAUUGGAAUAAUAUUGUGAAAAUUAUGAUAAUGCUCUUUUAGUGUAACCGCUGUCUGAAAUGUCAGCCGGUUUUAGUGUAAGAGCUGUCUGAAUUGUCAGCCUGUUUUAGUGGGAUGGAGUUUUGGCCUGCCUGGUGACAACACCAGGCAGUAUAAGUUAACAGACCAAUAACAAAGAGUGUUUCAAACCUCUCUGCCAAUAACAGCUAGUCUUCAGGUUACAUAUCCCACCCAUUAGGCUUGUCCAAUUAGGCCCUCUACUUAGACCACUCCCAGACAGUCCUAGCUAAAUUCUAGCUUUAACACAUAGCCAUAAAACCAUACAGUAUUGAGAAUCCAGGUAGAAUUUCACCACUACGUCCUUUUCAGAUCCGUUAAAAUGGGACACUAAUUAUGUUUCUAGAAUGACAGGACUAGUAAAACUGAUGUUGUACCGUCCAACCAGGCUGCUAUCUAAUGAACUAUUGUCAAAUACACACACUAGCCAACACAGUUCAGGCAAUCUGGACAAUGUUGUUCAAACAUUGCCAUGGUGUUUGGCUGCCAAUAUUAUGUAUUCUAAUAUAAACUGAUUAGGUGUGUUGUUUUAAGUAGAAGUAUUAGGCUACUAAAUAUAGUGACACGUAUGUGAUAUCUGUGCAAAAUGUGAAUGUCUGUUUGUAUGACAGCAUUGUAAUGCUAAGAUGCGUUGUUUUCAAUGGGUGUUUUAUUAAAUAAAAUCUGACAAUGUAUA